AUGUCUCUCAACAUCCCCAACGCGCCGAACGCCAACCUGUUCAAGGGCGGCUACAACAACUACGACUCCGAAGAUGGAGCUGUCCUGCGUAACAUCGAUGCUUGCCGGGCCAUCGCCUCGACCGUUCAGACAUCGCUGGGUCCCUAUGGCCGAAACAAAAUCGUCAUCAACCAUCUGCAGAAGAUGAUCCUCACAUCCGAUGCCGCCACUAUCCUGAAGGAGCUCGACGUGGUACACCCAGCAGCCAAACUCCUGGUUAUGGCCAGUCAACAGCAGGAAGCCGAGAUGGGCGAUGCGACCAACUUGGUCAUUGUUCUUGCCGGGGAGCUGCUGAAGAAGGCCGAGGAUCUGCUGCGAAUGGGUCUCAAGACUGCUGACAUCGUCACAGGCUACGAGCGGGCACAGAACUUCGCCCUCGAGGCCCUUGAAGAGCUCGUGGUGGACAAGGUAGAGAACAUUCGGGACCAAGACGAAUUGAGCAAAGCCAUUCGGACAGUGGUGGCCAGCAAGCAAAACGGCAACGAGGAUUUCCUCGCUGACUUGGUUGCCGAGGCCGUCCUCGCAGUCCUCCCCAAGAACCCCGCCAACUUUAACGUCGACAACAUUCGGGUAGUCAAGAUCAUGGGUGGCGCUUUGGAGCAGAGCAGAGUGGUCAAGGGUAUGGUGUUCCCCAAGGCGCCUGAUGGUUCCGUCAAGAAGGCCACCAAGGCAAAGGUCGGUGUCUUCUCGUGUCCAAUCGACACCAGCCAGACCGAGACCAAGGGCACGGUGCUUCUACACAAUGCCAAGGAGAUGAUGGAUUUCACCACGGGAGAGGAGUCACAGCUAGAGGCCACCAUCAAGGAGCUUCAUGACGCCGGUCUGCGUGUCGUUAUUGCGGGUUCGACGGUGGGUGAGCUGGCCAUGCACUACCUCAACCGGUACGGCAUCCUCGUCAUUAAGAUUCUCAGCAAGUUCGAGCUGCGGAGAAUAUGUCGAGUUGUUGGAGCUACCCCUCUGGCAAGAUUGGGUGCCCCCAUGCCCGACGAGAUGGGAUCGGUGGACGUGGUUGAGACACUCGAAAUCGGUGGUGACCGCGUUACCGUCUUCAGACAAGAGAACGAGGUGACGCGCACCGCAACACUUGUGUUGAGAGGCGCAACGCAAAAUCACCUGGACGAUGUCGAGCGAGCAGUGGAUGAUGGGGUGAAUGUGGUCAAGGCCAUCACUCGUGACCCCCGGUUGAUUCCUGGUGCCGGUGCAACAGAAACACAGCUAGUGGAGAGGAUACAGGCUUUCGGCGACAAGACAUCGGGAUUGCCACAAUACUCGAUUCGCAAGUUCGGCGAGGCAUUUGAGGUUAUCCCGAGAACAUUGGCCGAGAGCGCAGGUCUGGACGCAACCGAGGUUCUGAGCAGACUGUACACGGCACAUCACAAAAAGGAUGACUGGACGACCGGUGUUGAUAUUGAGAAUGACGACGACACGGGCACGCUCGAUGCCAAGGUGGAAGGUAUUCUCGACUUAUUGAUCAGCAAGUCGUGGGCUAUCAAGCUGGCCACGGAAGCCGCACGUACUGUCCUGUCCGUUGAUCAGAUUAUCGUCGCAAGACAAGCUGGUGGGCCCAAGCCCCCGGGUCCCAACCCUAACUGGGACGAGGACUGA